CGGGAGGGAGCGAGGGGAGGAGCGCGCGGCAAGCGCCCCUCCGGCUCCGUGUGAGGGAGCAGCGGAGCCCGGCGCUGGGACCGGCCCGCGAUGGAGUGAGCCCCGGCCGCUCCCGCCCGCCCUACCGGCCGCGCUGCGAGCCCUGCCGCCCGGCUGAGGGCCGCCGCCUCGGGGUGCCGCAGGGGCGCAGCCCGGCGGCGGACGAGCGGGGAGCGCGCCCCGGCCGGCAGGCAGGCAGGAGGAGCCCCCCCGGGGGAGGGGCUGGCGCUGGGUGCCCGGCUGCCGGGCGCGGGGAGCGGAGCGAUGGCGGCGGGGAGAGCCGGGCGGCUCCUCGGCUCCCUCUGGAUCGCCCUUCUCCUCGGGCAGCCGGACCCGGCCGCUGCCGCCGCUCGGAGCGGCUCCCAGAACCUCCCCACAGGAUCCCUUGUGAGAACCUUCACUCCUUUUUACUUUCUGGUGGAACCAAUGGACGUUCUGUCAGUUCGCGGAGCUUCUGUUAUAAUGAACUGUUCAGCUUAUUGUGAAACUUCUCCAAAAAUUGAAUGGAAAAAAGAUGGGACUUUUCUAAACUUGGUGUCAGAUGACCGUCGCCAGUUGCUACCAGAUGGAUCUUUAUUAAUAAACAGUGUGGUGCAUUCCAAGCAUAAUAAACCUGAUGAAGGAUAUUAUCAGUGUGUGGCAACUGUGGAAAGCCUGGGGACCAUUGUCAGCAGAACAGCAAAGCUCACGGUAGCUGGCCUUCCCAGGUUCACCAGUCAGCCAGAAUCAUCAUCUGUCUAUAAAGGCAACAGUGCAAUCCUUAACUGUGAAGUCAAUGUUGACCUUGCACCGUUCGUGAGGUGGGAGCAGGAUCGCCAGCCAGUCUUUCUGGAUGACCGUGUAUUUAAGUUACCAAGUGGAGCUCUAAUUAUUAGCAAUGCUACUGAUACGGAUGGAGGACUCUAUCGCUGCAUCAUUGAAAGUGGUGGGACCCCCAAAUACAGUGACGAAGCAGAGCUCAAAAUUCUUCCAGAUCCAGAGGUGCCACAGAACUUGAUGUUUGUGAGGCAGCCCUCUUCACUCACUAAACUGACUGGGCAAAGUGCAGUUUUUCCAUGUGUUGCUGUAGGAUUUCCAGCUCCAUGUAUCAAGUGGACAAGAAAUGAAGAAGAGCUUGUAACAGAAGGCCAUGGGAGAUUGCUGCUGCUUGCGGGGGGCAGUCUGGAGGUCAGCGAGGUUACGGAGGAGGACGCUGGCACAUACACCUGCACAGCAGAUAAUGGAAAUGAGACGAUUGAAGCUCAAGCAGAACUUACAGUUCAAGUUCCUCCUGAAUUUCUGAAGCGGCCUGCAAAUAUUUACGCUCAUGAGUCUGUGGACAUUGUGUUUGAGUGUGAGGUGACUGGCAAACCUACUCCUACUGUGAAAUGGGUCAAGAAUGGAGACAUGGUGAUACCAAGUGACUAUUUCAAAAUCGUUAAAGAACAUAAUCUGCAAGUUUUGGGUCUGGUGAAAUCAGAUGAAGGAUUCUAUCAGUGCAUUGCAGAAAAUGAUGUUGGAAAUGCACAGGCUGGAGCCCAGCUGAUAAUACUUGACCUUGAUGUUGCCAUCCCAACAUUACCUCCCACUUCACUGACCAGUGCCACUAAUGACCAUCUAGCACCAGCUACAACAGGACCACUGCCUUCAGCCCCGCGGGACGUCGUGGCCACCCUCGUCUCCACCCGCUUCAUCAGACUGACGUGGCGGACACCUGUAUCAGACCCUCAAGGAGACAACCUCACCUAUUCAAUCUUCUACACCAAGGAAGGUAUAAACAGGGAACGCGUUGAAAAUACGAGUCGUCCUGGAGAGACACAAGUGACAAUCCAAAACCUGAUGCCAGAAACAGUUUAUGUGUUUCGAGUUGUGGCUCAGAACAGGCACGGCCCUGGAGAUAGCUCAGCGCCGCUCAAGGUGGCCACCCAGCCUGAGGUUCAGCUUCCUGGUCCAGCACCCAAUAUCCGAGCGUUCGCCAGUUCACCCACCUCCGUUACUGUCACCUGGGAGACACCCUUGUCUGGCAAUGGAGAGAUCCAGAACUACAAGCUCUAUUACAUGGAGAAGGGGCAGGACACUGAGCAGGAUGUUGAUGUAGGAGGACUCUCCUAUACCAUUAAUGGAUUAAAGAAAUACACAGAGUAUAGUUUCCGAGUGGUAGCUUACAAUAAACAUGGUCCUGGUGUCUCAACCCAAGAUGUUGUUGUACGAACGUUGUCAGAUGUCCCCAGUGCUCCACCACAGAAUCUAACGCUGGAGGUACGGAAUUCCAAGAGCAUCAUGCUGCACUGGCAGCCUCCCCCUGCGGGGACACACAGUGGACAAAUCACCGGCUACAAAAUUCGCUACCGUAAAGUGUCCCGCAAGAGUGAUGUGACAGAGAGCAUCGGUGGCACCCAGCUCUUGCAGCUAAUUGAAGGUCUUGAACGAGGUACAGAGUACAGCUUCCGAGUAGCUGCCUUGACUGUUAAUGGUACCGGACCAGCUACCGACUGGGUAUCAGCAGAAACCUUUGAGAGUGAUCUAGAUGAAACUCGUGUUCCUGAAGUUCCAAGUUCCUUACAUGUCCGUCCGCUGGUCACCAGUAUUGUAGUGAGCUGGACUCCACCUGAAAACCAGAACAUCGUGGUGAGAGGCUAUGCGAUAGGGUACGGCAUUGGCAGUCCUCAUGCACAGACCAUCAAGGUGGACUAUAAACAGAGAUACUACACCAUUGAAAACUUAGACCCAAGCUCCCACUACGUGAUAACCCUGAAGGCAUUUAACAACGUGGGGGAAGGGAUCCCCCUCUACGAGAGUGCGGUGACCAGGCCACACUCAGACACUUCCGAGGUUGAUUUGUUUGUUAUUAAUGCUCCAUACACUCCAGUGCCAGAUCCGUCUCCCAUGAUGCCACCGGUGGGGGUUCAGGCUUCCAUUCUGAGCCAUGACACCAUACGGAUCACUUGGGCAGACAACUCUCUGCCGAAGAACCAGAAGAUCACAGACGCUCGCUACUACACAGUUCGCUGGAAAACCAAUAUCCCCGCAAAUACGAAGUACAAGACUGCAAAUGCAACCACUUUGAGCUAUUUAGUGACUGGGUUAAAACCAAAUACCUUGUAUGAAUUCUCCGUGAUGGUGACUAAAGGUCGAAGAUCAAGUACUUGGAGUAUGACAGCACAUGGAACAACUUUUGAAUUAGUUCCCACUUCUCCUCCCAAAGACGUGACUGUGGUGAGCAAGGAGGGAAAACCUCGGACAAUAAUUGUUAACUGGCAGCCUCCAUCCGAAGCCAAUGGCAAAAUUACAGGAUACAUCAUUUACUACAGUACGGAUGUGAACGCUGAAAUACAUGACUGGGUUAUUGAGCCCGUCGUGGGAAACAGACUGACCCAUCAAAUACAAGAACUAACCCUUGAUACACCAUAUUAUUUCAAAAUUCAGGCCCGCAACUCGAAGGGCAUGGGGCCCAUGUCUGAGGCGGUCCAGUUCAGAACCCCAAAAGCUGAAUCCUCAGAUAAAAUGCCUAAUGAUCAAGCUUCAGGAUCUGCAGGGAAAGGCAGCCGCCCAGUGGACAUAGGGCCGGAUUACAAACCGCCUCUCGGUGGCAGUAACAGUCCCCAUGGAAGUCCUACUUCUCCCUUGGACAGCAACAUGCUGCUUGUAAUCAUAGUGUCUGUUGGAGUGAUCACCGUUGUGAUAGUGGUGAUAGUCGCCGUCUUCUGCACUCGUCGUACAACUUCUCACCAAAAAAAGAAACGAGCUGCCUGCAAAUCAGUGAACGGGUCCCAUAAGUACAAAGGAAACUCGAAAGACGUCAAGCCUCCUGACCUGUGGAUCCAUCAUGAAAGACUGGAGCUAAAACCCAUUGAUAAAUCUCCAGAUCCCAACCCAAUCAUGACAGAUACCCCAAUCCCUCGCAACUCCCAAGACAUCACCCCCGUUGAUAAUUCCAUGGACAGCAAUAUCCAUCAAAGGCGCAAUUCCUACAGAGGGCAUGAGUCGGAGGAUAGCAUGUCCACCCUGGCAGGAAGAAGGGGGAUGAGGCCCAAGAUGAUGAUGCCUUUUGAUUCUCAACCACCUCAGCCUGUGAUUAGUGCUCAUCCCAUCCAUUCACUCGAUAACCCUCACCAUCAUUUCCACUCCGGCAGCCUCGCUUCUCCAACUCGCAGCUAUCUCCAUCACCAGGUCAACCCGUGGCCGAUUGGCACAUCCAUGUCCCAUUCAGACAGGGCCAAUUCCACAGAAUCUGUUCGAAAUACACCUAGCACAGACACCAUGCCAGCUUCCUCGUCUCAGACCUGUGCUGACCACCAGGAUCCUGAAGGCACCACAGGGUCUUACCUGGCUAAUGCACAAGAGGAGGACUCGGCUCAGAACCUCCCCACGGCACAUGUCCGUCCUUCCCACCCGCUGAAGAGUUUUGCAGUGCCGGCAGUUCCACCAGCUGGUUCCACGUACGACCCUGCAUUGCCAAGCACACCAUUAUUGACUCAGCAAGUUCACUCGGUGAAGACUGCAUCGAUUGGGACUUUAGGAAGAACCCGACCUCCUAUGCCAGUGGUAGUCCCCAGUGCCCCUGAUGUGCAGGAGACCACCAGGAUGCUUGAGGACUCAGAAAGCGUAGAAUUAUGAACCGGAUGAGCUGACCAAAGAGAUGGCCCACCUGGAAGGACUUAUGAAGGACCUUAAUGCCAUCACUACAGCAUGACCACCUUCACCAGGACAUGACUCCAGACAGCUUCACAAGUCUUAGGACUCAGCCUUGGAACACAAGGAAUUGUACAGAGGGAGAAAAAAAAUAAAGAAAAAACAAACAAAAAAAACAAAACAAAAAAACAGGAAGAGGGACAGCGCAUGAGAACAUACACAGAAAGCAAACGAACCAACCAGUGCAUCUGUGCUACAGCUGGUCAAAGAGAGAUGACCUUUCUUGUCAUUGUCCUGCAAUGAAGUCAUUGCCAAGUGGAAUUCCAUUUACCUGCUGAGACCAUGCAGGAUGGGACGCAUCAGCCUGAAAUCCAGCAUCCAGAUAAAAGGAAAAAAAGUGGACUUCACUGGUUUGUUGUUUUUUUUUUUCUGAUCAGGUUUUGUCUCAGUGGUGUGAUUGCCCUGCCUUUUCAGUGUUGGACAUUCGCAUUUAUGUACAAUUUUAUUUGUGUUUUUAUUUUAUCUUUUUUUAUAAAAAAGAAAAAAAUAUUGUUAAAAAAAAAGAGAAACUGUUGUUUUUCCACAGCCUAGACUGACGUUUGACUGCUUGUUCUAUUGUGUAUGAAAAAUCAUUGCCAGCGUGGGUUGUUCUGUUUUUGUUUUUUAUUCUGCAUAUACUUAUGUCCCCUUCUGGCAGUUAAUCCAUGGCCUUUUGGGAUGCUGCACUGCUAUUUGUAAGCUUUUUUUUUUAUUUUUUUAUAUUAUAAUUAUUAAAAGCCUGACUUUCUCCUCUCAUCACUGUGAGAUUACCAGUCUGUUUGAAUUGAAUUGAAAUGUAAUUUGAAAGGCUUGUUUGUCGCUUUUUGUGCAGUUUCAAUAUUUUGAGUGGGGAAAAGUAGAUGGGGAAGGGGAGGGGAUCCAGUGGGAGGUUUCAUAAUUGUUGUUUUCCUGUCUUUCUACAUUGAUUUGAAAGACUGAAGAAAAUGAAAGCAUCUUCUGUAACAUCCUUCCUUGUAACUUCAGCAUACUGUGUCUCUGGUUACUGAAUUGCAGUGAGAGUCUCAUUUAGAAACAUUAAAAAAUUCCUCCUGUAAAGUAGGGUUCCUUAUGUUUAGAUGACACUACAGCUUCUUUUGGCAACAGUGCUCUAUUUUGUUGUUAAUUUAAAGAUCACAUCAUGAAACUUUCAAGUGCAGAUUGAGCGCUCAUUCAGCAUGGAAAGCUUAGCACAGACAGCAGUGCACAACACUUCCCUGCUGGUGGUGCUUGGGUUUGAGCUACCUGGACCUCCCAGAAGCAGAGAACUGUGAACCUCUUCUCAUCAGCACAUACCAUAUCUUACUUCUGAGAACACUACAUGUCCACAGGAUCCUUCAGCCGCAAGUCCAACCCCAGUGCAAUUUCUGUAUCCCAGGCCAUUUAAACAAGAAUCCUUCUCUUAAGGAUUCUUCAGAGAUGUAAGCAAGGCAAAAAUGUAUUUUUUACACUUUUGAAACCAUUUGAAAAGAAAACCAGUAUUAGUGACUCGGGUGCUGAUCACAUAUCUGACUAAAAAGGAAGGAAAGUUAAAAGGGAGCUCCCAUAGAAGGGGAAGGAAAAGGGUUUUUUCUUUUCCCCUUGUAUGAUUGCCUGGUUCUGCCAAACGCCACAAGGAGGAAUAGAAAGGCAUAGAAAGAGGGACAGUAUUUUAAGAAAAAAAAGGAAGGAAAAAAAACCCCAGUACCCAGCUGCCUAACAAACUUGUGUGCAAUUCCAUUUUUAAGAUGAAAGGAAACUCAAACCUUACUGAUGAUUCAGAUGGAGAAUCUGUUCCUUCUGAGCAGUCGGGUUUGUGAUCUCAGAUGCUCAGUGAUACCGAUGGGGGACACGCAGGUACCAAGCACUUCAGGUGCGGGGCGCUGCUGCUGUAGCCCACAGUGCCUCUGCUAGGUGGCUGUACCUGUAGGAACAUUAAGAGAAAAUACUGUAACCUUCUUAAAUUUAAAUAAAAACCCAGAAACUUUG